AUGGAUUCGUUCUUCAGCCUGUUCGACCCGUCUGAUGGUCAACCCAAACCCGCUCAGAAGAGACAAAAAAACGAACCGGACAGAAACAAUCAAGAUUCACCUAAAGGUAGGAGACGUGGGCGCAAGUGUCAAGUAAAGCAUGAGGCGGUGCCCGAAGAGUCCUCCUUCCUCUGCGAGCCUGACCUCAGCUCGGAGAUCCUAGUGAAAGACUGCAGCUACAUUGAAAACUAUAUAGAGGUUAACAAAAAUGAAGAUAGGCAAGAAUCAGAGAAUAAACAAAGAAGACGCAACUCUGGCCGGAAGAUUCGCCGGAAAAAGAAUAAGAUAUCGCCCGCCAAGGACAUGACAUCGUCUGCCGCUUGGUCGCUAGAUGGCGCUAUUUGUAAAAUGACCAACGAGGAGACACUCAACAACACGUACGUCAAACCAAAGAGAAACGACGGCUCGGUCGGUAAGAACGUCAACAAUCUGUCAACGCGCGACACAGAGUACGAUCGCGUGUACAACGUGAUUGACAAGUUGGAGCGAGUUGUCAUCAGGGGUGACAGAUAUCUGUCGGGAGACUUUGAGGACAUGGAGGCGGAUAUGUAUUCGGAAGAGGGCUUUAUAUAUGACAGCACUUCGGAGGGCGAGGACUCUGGUGAGGAGUGCUACGGGUCUCUGCCCCCGGAGCCCCGGUUCGGCAACGUGGAGUACAAGCUGCAGCUCGUGGCUCCUUGCGAGAGAAGGUUCCAGCACCUCGUCACUCAGUUAAAAUGGCGGCUGCGGUCGGGCGGCGGCACAGCCGUGUACGUGGUGGGCGUGCGUGACUGCGGGUCGCUGAGGGGGCUGCGGGCGCGGGGGCUGCGAGCGUCGCUCCGCUCGCUGCGGCGCAUGGCGGCCGCGCUCGGGGCCCGCGUGGCCGCCGUGCGAGCGAGGAGGGUGGCCGCCGACCGCGCCGUCGCCGAGGUCUACAUCCGGAAGUUGGCGUUGAACCAGAGCGUAGAACUUCGUGUGGCUGUGAUGGGCGCCAAUGAAGCUGGCAAGUCCACCCUUAUCGGAGUACUGACUCAAGGUGAAUUGGAUAACGGCCGAGGUAGCGCUCGUCUGAACAUGUUCCGUCAUCUCCAUGAGGUGAAGAGUGGCAGGACGUCCUCGCUGAGCCACGAGAUCCUUGGCUUUGAUGCUCAGGGUCACGUGAUAAAUUACGGAUGUUCGGAGCUGAUGACGGCGGAGAGGAUCGGGGAGCGGAGUGCCAAGCUGGUGUCGUUCCUGGACCUAGCCGGCCACAGCAAGUAUCAGCGGACGACGCGCCACGGGCUGACAGGCUACUCGCCACACUACGCCAUGCUUGUGAUAUCAGCGACGGCCGGUAUAACUGGCAUCACGGAGGAACACCUGGGGCUCCUGGUGGCUCUCGAUAUGCCGCUGUUUGUGGUGGUGAACAAGUGCGAGCUGGUCACCGCGGCCGCGAUGCAGCAUCUGAUGAAGAACCUUGCCGAUCUGUUAGCUGUUCACCGAAAGACACCGCUCCUGAUAACGGACGAGAAUUUGGCACGAAACUGUGUCGUCGCCACACAGAGUAUAUUGGACACCAUAGACAAAGACACGGCUGACCAUAAACGAGAGAACGAGCACGUGUCCGUGUUCCCUGUGAGCUGCGUGCGCGGCGCGGGACUGAGUGCGCUGCACGCCUUCCUUCUCGCUCUCACGCCGGCGCACUUGGCCGCGGACUCAGACGCGCGGGGUGACGCGCACAGUGACAAAACAGUUGCAUGCAAAUAUGUCAUCUAUAACAGCGAACCAAUAAGUCGUCUAUGUAAAUAUUUACAGGAGGCUUGCGAGUUCCAAAUAGACGAAAUUUUCCACGUGGGCGACAGUGGAGGGCCCGUAGUGGGAGGGCUGCUAGCUCGGGGACAGAUCUGUGAAGGAGACAACUUGAUAAUUGGUCCUUUGGAUAACGGCGAAUUCGUCAAAAUAUUAGUAAAGUCGAUAUACAGAAACCGUGUUCCGUGCGGGGUCGUUCGUGCGGGGCAUUCUGCGUCGCUAGGGCUGUCACACUGGCCCGCAGGGCUGCGCCCGGGGAUGGUGAUGGUUUGGCUCGAGGAUCCGAAUGAUCCCAGGGGAUGUAUAUAUUUUCAGGCACGUGUGGAAGUAAUACGUCACUCCACGGCUAUUUAUCCUGGAUUCCAAUGUUCCGUACACGUGGGCAGUGUCAGACAGACUGCCAUCAUUGAGGGUAUCCUGUCUCCUCAGAGCGUCCUCCGAGCUGGCGAGAGCGCGUCCGUCGUGUUUAGGUUCGUGCGAUGUCCAGAGUACCUGGUCUCCGGCAGACGGCUGCUGUUCACUGCUGGACUGGGCACCAGGUAUAUUUAUUUGUAA